AUAUAACCACAGUUUGACAGCUCUCGGUUUACUGAGCAGGAGGGAUCGCACGAGACUCCCUGCAGCUUUCAGCCGCUUCUCUCUCUCUCUGCUCCUCUCUUCGCUCCGGAUCACAAGUCUUAAACCCUGUCCCCCCAACGACACUCACCGGUCUCCUGCGCAGCAUUCGGCGCAUGUGUGCAGGUUUAUCGACCCCCUCUCUGGACUGAAUUCUCGGACUUUGUCGCCAUGCAUGCCCGGGUUUAGACUCUCCAUGGAGCUCUCCAACCUGUACGAGGUCGCGCCCCGGCCCCUGAUGAGCAGCCUGCCCCACGGCCAGCAGCCCUCCUCCGGCUACAGAGACCCGGCCGACCUCGGCGGAGACAUCGGAGACAGCGAGACCUCCAUCGACCUGAGCGCCUACAUCGACCCGUCCGCCUUCAACGACGACUUCCUGGCCGACCUGUUCCACCACAGCUCCCGGCAGGAGAAACUCAAGAUCAUGAACGGGGACUACGAGUCCGUCCCGUGUGGUCCGGGUCCCCAGCAGCCGCUGCAGUCGCACUACAUGUCCAGCUACAUGGAGUCCAAGAUGGAGCCGCUGUACGAGCACAAUCCUCCGAGAAUCCGCCCCGUGGCGAUCAAGCAGGAGCCGCGGGACGACGAGGACCUGAACCCGGGACUGCUUCCGUCGUAUCACCCGCAGUACUCCGCGCCGCAGCCGCCGCCGCAGCCGCAUCUUCAGUACCAGAUUCAGCACUGUGCCCAGACCACAAUGCACCUCCAGCCGGGUCACCCGACCCCUCCGCCGACCCCGGUGCCCAGCCCGCAUCAACACCACCCCCACAGCCACCACCACCCGCACCACCACGCUCACCACGGCGGCAUGAAGCUGCUCGAACACCCGCGGGGCGGCAGCGGCAGCGGCAGCGGCAGCGGUAGCGGCAGCGGCAGCGGCAGCGAAAGAGGCGGGAAAUCCAAGAAGAACGUCGACAAGAACAGCCCGGAGUACCGGCUGCGGCGCGAGCGCAACAACGUGGCCGUGCGCAAAAGCAGAGACAAGGCGAAGAUCCGCAACAUGGAGACGCAGCACAAAGUGGUGGAGCUGACCACGGACAACGACCGGCUCCGGCGGCGGGUGGAGCAUCUGACCCGCGAGCUGGACACGUUACGGGGCAUCUUCCGACAGCUGCCCGACGGAUCCUUCAAACCCCCGGGCAGCUGAGGGGGACCGGGCCGCCCCCGCCGCCCCCGCCGCCCCCGCCGCCGCCGCUCCCGCCGCUCCCGCCGCCGCGUCUGCCGCUUCGCCGCUCCGGUCCAACGGCAGGUGUCCCGCUGCCAAAAAGUGAUCCUGACCAUCCGCCCAAAACUGUCCACAACUUACCUGGAAAACCGCGUGUUACUGCAUUAUCGGCCCUUUAAAAAAGGUAUUUUUAUAAAGUUAAUACAAAUAUAUCUUUGAGGGUUAUAAUCUGUCAGAUUAAAGCCUCAUGAAAGAAAUCAGGUCAUUUUGGGGCAGAAACAACCUUUCAAACCAAAAAUAGGAAGGUGCGAUCCCUUUUUAGCAAGUGCCAAAGUGCAUUUUAUGGGUUGUACUGGCCCUUUAAAAAGGUAUUUGUUUAAACAGAUAA